CGUCCUCUUCUGAUUCUUCUCUGGGACAUAUAUUCUGAUACUGAUUGGGAACCUGUGCGUUAUCUACAUUGUGAAGCAGGACCAUCAACUACAAACUCCCAUGUACAUCCUGCUGGUCAAUUUUUCGUUCCUGGAGAUCUGGUUUGUAACUUCCACUACCGCCAAUAUGCUAGCCAAUUUUCUCUCUGCAUCCAGCACCAUCUGCUUCUCUGGCUGCUUCCUCCGGUUCUACUUCUUCUCCAUGGGCACCACUGAGACUUUCCUCUUGUCCAUCAUGGCCUUGGACAGUUACCUUGCCAUCUGCAGGACCCUGCACUACCUCUCCAUUAUGACAGUCCAAUGCUGCAUCAGAAUGGGAGUCUGCUGUUGGAUGUGCGGCUUCUUGUAUUUCCUCUUGUCUGUUUACCUAAUCUCUCAGCUCCUGUUUUGUUGUCCCAGUAAAUUUGAUCACUUUCUGUGUGACCCAGGACCACUUAUGAAGUUGUCCUGUGUGCCAGCUCCUGCCAUUGAGGUCAGCUGUGCCAUCUUUAACUCUAUCCUCAUGUUCUCCACCUCAUACGUUAUCAGCUCCUACACCCUGGUGAUCAGAGCUGUGCUGAGGGUCCCCUCAGCAGAAGGCUGGCAUAAGUCUUUCUCCACAUGUAGCUCCCACAUGGCCAUGGUAUCACUGUUCUGUGGCUCCAUCAUGAUUGUAUAUGUGAGCCUAACAGCAGGCAAUCCAGCUGGGAUCCAGAAAAUUGUGAGUUUACUUUAUUCUGUGUUGACUCCUGUUUUCAACCCCUUGAUCUACAGUCUCAGGAAUAAGGAGAUGAAGGAGGCCCUGAGAAAAUUAUUCAGAGAUGUGAGAUUUAACCAGCGGCAUGGAAGAAAUGUUUGA